AGCGGCGCAUAUCUUUCGAUAUCCCAAAUGUCGCUGAAGUUAUCUGAUCUCUUACCUGCACCGUCUUCUAUCACAGACGAGUACUCACAGGUCCGAAGAGAUCCAUGGUUCCGCGGAAGAGAGGAUGCAUUACCCACAACAACAGCUAUUGUAGUAAAGGAGCCGCCACCAUAUGGGAAACGUCAAGGGUUCAAACCACGUACACCUGAGGACUACGGCGAUGGUGGAGCAUUUCCGGAGAUUCACUUUGCCCAGUUUCCGCUUGGAAUGGGCAUGGGAGAACGAAAAGGAAAAAAUGAUGGUCAAAUUGCUUUGCAGUAUGAUGCAGAUGGUAAAUUGAGGCAUGAUGCCAUUGCUAGGAUAGGCCACACAAAAGAUAAGAUUGUUUAUACAAAGCUGAGCGAUAUGCGCGCGAAAGUGUGGGACGAGGAUGACGAGGAUAUCCAACGACCUGAUGAGGAAACAAUUGCUGAGCAGACGGAGAAGACGAGAUUGGCCCUGGAGAAAAUUACAGAGAGCAAGGUUGCAUCAGCUUUACCUGUUCGACACGCUGAGAAGCAAGCGCCUCCGCAGUAUAUCAGAUAUACACCUAGCCAACAAAGUUCCUUACAUGCAGGAGGUUCACAGCAGCGCAUCAUCCGGAUGGUUGAGGAGCAGAAAGAUCCUAUGGAACCACCGAAGUUUAGAAUCAAUCAGAAAAUCCCAAGAGCGCCCCCUUCACCCCCAGCACCAGUUAUGCACAGUCCUCCACGGAAGGUUACUACAAAAGAUCAAAACGAUUGGAAAAUACCACCUUGCAUUUCCAACUGGAAAAAUCCGAAAGGUUUUACGGUGUCUUUGGACAAGAGAUUGGCAGCUGAUGGUCGAGGAUUGCAACAGACCCACAUUAAUGAAGGUUUCGCGAAAUUAUCUGAAGCCUUGUACAUUGCUGACAGGAAGGCUAGAGAGUCCGUGGAAGCCAGAGCACAGCUGGAGAAAAGAGUGGCGCAACAUAAGAAACUUGAACAAGAAGCUCGAAUGCGCGAAAUGGCGGCGAAGGCUCGACAGGAGCGUGCUGGUAUAAGAAAGAAGGGUGAAGACGAAGAUGAAGCUGUGAAAGCGAGAGAAGAGAUCAGACGAGAUCGAUUGGAUGACAUUCGUAAAGAAAGGAAUAUUGCUCGCAAUCGUCCCGAUAAAGUGGAUAAACUCAUGCGGGAUCGUGAUCGCGAUAUCUCAGAGAAGAUCGUCUUGGGAUUACCUGACGCGAAAGUUCGAUCCAGUGAGACUCAGUUUGAUCAGAGGCUGUUCGAUCAAAAUAAGGGUUUGGACAGUGGAGCAAUGGACGAUGAAACGUACAACCCGUACGACAAAGCUUGGCGUGGUGGAGACAAUGUGCAACAACAUAUCUACAGACCUAGCAAAAAUAUCGACAAAGAUGUUUACGGUGAUGAUUUGGAUAAAAUCAUAAAUACCCAACGCUUUGUUCCGGAUAAAGGAUUCUCUGGAGCUGAAGGAAGUUCACGUGGUGCUGGCCCCGUUCAGUUCGAGCGCGAACAAGAUGUGUUCGGUUUGGGUGACCUUUUCCAACAAGUGAAGAACAAACGCGGAGAUUGUAUUGCUACUCUUGAUCAAAUGAAGCAGCAUCUCUUCUGCAUUCUCUUUCCCGCCGUCUGUUCCUUGUUGACGUGUUGUAUAACUUAA